AUUAAAAGGGGCAGAAGAAGAAACUCGUCGAUGAGGUCACGUGACUGCAUUUCCCGUAUUUCCGUGGUGGAGAAAUGUUUUAUGGAAACGUUGGUAAAUAUGGACCAUUGGAGACGGUUACGUCCUUCGACUGAUCUUUUUCAUCCGAACUUCUUUAUCCUGGUUCUGUUCUGCGUAGUUCGGCCCGCAGCAGGUGCGUUCAAGACGCCAUCGCCGAUCGACGUUGUGAUCGACCAGUCAAUGCUGAAGUGGAACUCAACAGCGAGUGACGUGACGUUUACUGCCGAGUUUCACGACUUUGAGUCUGAUUGGACGCCCAUAGAGACGUGCAUAGAGACGCGCUUCACUUCCUGUGAUUUGAGUUCGGAGGAAAGUGACAGAUGCAUUCGGCGUCGUGUUGCAGCUUGGAGAAACGGGGUUGAGUCUGAGCCUGUGGAGGCCUGCAGCAGAGACGGCCAUGCGUGCUCUCCGAACUUCACUCUGACCGCAGCGCCCGAAUCCCUCACAGUCAAUCUGAAGAGAAACCACAAUCUGCAUAAGGAGAAUGCAGACAACCUGAAAUAUUGGAUCUACUUUUGGAAAAAAGGAGCGCAACUGAAGAAUCACAGAGUCACCUUGUCCUCAGAGUUAAUCGAUGGUUUGGAAGUGGGUGAGACGUACUGUGUGAUGGUGCAGUUUGCUCUUCAUUGGAAAGAAUACGGUCCACCCAGCUGUAUGCAGUGUGAAACCAUCCCUAGCUCCAGUGGAUCAAAACGGGCACAGAUCAUCGUCAUCUGCUCCAUCGUUUUGACGAUCGUUUUUGUAGUUGUUUUCGCCUACGUCCGCCUCUUCAAAUCCAAGAAAAUCAAAGAGAUCCUCCGACCUCCGUACACGAUCCCAACGACUUUCAGAGAGCCGCUUCCGGGGCGCAACUGCCCGUUCGUGGCCGUGAGUCUCUCUGAGGAACAUUACGACGUUGUUUCCGGUUUAACUCCAAAUCAGCCCAGAGGAGUCUGACCUUCACUUCCUGCCGUGACUGAAAACUUUACAAAUCUUCUUCUUUCAUGGAGGAGCGCUCUUAACUAGGUCCUGGCAGGUGAAACUGUUCUGGUCCGGAAAAUGGAGGAGGUUCUGUUAAAAACAGGCCUCAACCAGCAGCUCUUUUCACUUUUUAAUGUUGAUAUUUCUGUUAAAUACUGAAGAUUAGCUGGACUGCGGCUUCCCCAGGUUCAUCAGCAGAUGGAUCAAAGGUGGGUACAAGAGCCAGAAACCGUACCAAAGUAAGAGUAGCACUGCUUAAAAAUAUUUUUACUCAAGUAAAAGUAAAAAGUAGCCAUCCAAGAAAUGACUCAAGUAAGAGUAAAUCAGUAUUUAAUAAAAAGGCUACUAAGUAACUGAUCAGAAUAUCUGAUUUAAUAUUUGGAAAUGGAGGAAUCAGUUAAAACGUAUAAAAACUACAUUCUAAUUCUGAAAUUUUAAGGACUUGGAUAAAAAGAUUAAGUAAAAAAUAAAUUUAAGCAGAUGAAACAUUUUACAAAAUAUAUUUUUCUGUUUAAAACUACUUCUAAAAGUACAUUUUUCUAGUUACUACCCACCCGUGAUCCUGACAGAAAUCCUCACCAGUUAAAGUCCAGUCAACCCAGUAAGAAUCUAAUCAACUCUUUGAUUUUUAUAUUUAUAAAAUUAAGUAGCUUUUUCCCUCUGAAUGUGAGUCGGACCGGACCGUUAACGGUUCUUUGUUUUUACUCUGUAGUUUUAAUGUUUUUGGAUAAUAGCUGUGCAUGCUAACAGUUUUAUUAGCCACAGAGAAAUCACUGAUCAAAAGGAUCCAUGAAUCUCGCCACUUUCACCCAUUUUCCUGCUCAUUUUCCUGUUACGGAGUUAAUAGCUGCAUGCUUUUAGUUUGAAAGGCAGCGACCCGGAAGUAGGGCGCUCUCGGGACGUUUGACCUUCUUUUGUGUCUUUAUUUUACCAGAACAGUUCCUACAAUCAAAACAAAAAGGAAAUAAUCUUUGUCCCAGUAAUAUCUGUGGUCCUGGCUGCCUGAUGACUUCCUCUUCCAGUGGACUAAGAUGGAGGUUACUGGGAUGAGGAGGAUUAGAUCCUCACGUGCCAUCAAAUCCGCAAAAAAAGUCGGAUUCAACAAUGGGAAACCUGGAUUUAUAUUCAGCAGCCAGAAUGGGUUGAACUGUCUUCUCCACUGGAUCAAUAACGUUUGUACGAAUCUGUGUUUAUCUUUGUGAUUUUAUUUUAUUUUUUUGCACAGGACUUUAUUCUUCUGCUCAUCGUGGUGCCUAACAAACUGAAAUGAGACAAUUAAUUCUGUAUUCUUGUCUGCAACUGGACCCAGGAUCAUUACAGUGCAGAUUUCUUUUUGUUUAUAUUUUUCAUUUAAAAAAAUGAAAUGUGGUGAAAAAAAUCAA